AUGCUCAGCUUUACCACGUUCUUUUUCGUCACAAUCUUCAGUUUCUGUAUUGGUCACAUUGGACGAGCACGACGGAACUUUCACGAAGACUACCGAAUCAGCACGCCAGCAUGUGAUGUGGUUUGUGAGGGACAGUGGAAAAGCGAAUUUCAUGUGAGUGCUCUCGUUUCAAUUUCCGAAAGUGAACGAAAAUCUAAUUAAGGCUAACUUCCAUAAACUUUACGACACCGAGUACUUUGAAGUGCCGUUGGACACGACAAUCGUCAAGAGUCGUGCCAACUUGAAGCUGUUCUGCUCUUCGACCGCCCAAAAGUACACGUGUCUUCGUAAAGAAUGUAAAAUCGGCCGCACUCCGUGGUCCGCCGAAAAGCACAUCUGCAUGACGCAUUAUGAUCAGUUCGAUCGGAAUAUUAACUGCCUCAGGUUGAAUUGAAAUUGGAUUUUUAAUCGAAAAACUCAAAUGUUUUUUAGUUUGACUGACAAAUACGUGCAGAAAGAGUGUUCCAACGUGUGCAACAGUAUUCGAAUCGAGAUUUCACAGCCCGAAAUCGACAAAAUGGUCGAAUUGGAAUUCGACAAACAGGAUAAGAGUCUGUUCGUGGAGCAAAACAAACACUGCAAUUUUAUCGCAUGUCAUCAGUUGUGCCACGUGAGUUUACGGAACAAUCAAGUUUAUCAGUACUUUGUACUCAAUUCAGGAGUUCAUCAUCAACAAAAUCUGCAUUGACAGCGCCGUUUCGGCACGAUCUGCAGUCAAAGCCUACUACGACGCGUUCCUUCAGAGAGAGUACACUUCACUCAACAAAGACGACCAUGAUGCACUUUACUCGAGUUUUUGCAGAAGGGUCACCCCGGGCCAGAACGAGGUCGGAUGACGUUUCAUAGCAGCUUUUUAGUUUGUCUUUUUCAGAACGCGUUCACUUCGAACAUGACACGUUUCAACAACUUGACCCUUGAUCGCAUGAAGAACGACAUUCGCUCCGCGUUUUCAAUUCUCGAUUGA